UGUUGUUUAUCCCAUUCGACCCCGAAGUUGCCUGUGAGCAAUUUCAAAAGUUUAACGGCUAUCGGUAGUCGGUGCUUUUGUUUUUGUCUGCUUAUUCUUCGAGAUAACGGUGCUUUGAUGUGUAUACUUAUAAUGUAAGCAAAAAAAAUUCUAGUUUGCGCAUCAUUUGACGAAAUUAUUUGGAAUGUGCUGGACGUGCCUCGCGUAAAAAGUGUUUGUUGUAUUGUGAGGUAUAUUCAAAAAAAAGUGAUUUACUUUUAAAUUAUGCAUUAAAAGUGGAAGAAUCUGAGGAAUUUUCAAAGUAUUAAAGUUGCUUGUGAGCAACCUUGGGCCAUUGCACCACCAAAAUAUGAGACCAAAAGAAAAAGGUUUAUCAAAUGAUGAUAUUGAGAGAAUUGUCAACUUCGAUUGGGAUGUCUCCAGUGACGAAGAAAGUGGUGAUGAAAUGGAAGACAUCUCUGAAGACAGGGACAGAGAUAGAGACAGGGAUAGGGAUAGGGAUAGGGAGAGGCAAGGUGGGAGGGGGCCGGGGGAUAACGGAGUCGUCAACAAUCUCGGCAAGGACGUGCGCGGCAAGAAGCACGACGUCAAUAUCAACAUCAUAUCCGACGGGGGCACUGGCCACGCCCACCCGCACCGCAAACUGGGCGGCGGUGCCAGCGGCAGCGCCAGCAGCAACCGUUGCCGCCAGGUCCAGGGUCCGGGUGGUCAGGGGUCAAGUCCGGGGCAUCGCAGCUCCCUGAAACUGACCGCCGAGUGCCUCUCGAACGUCACGGCCUCCACCUACUGCAUCGGGAAUGGGAGCGGAAACGGAACCAGCAUCGCCAUCCCGGACGACAGCAGCACCAGCAACUACGGGGACGGGGAGGAGAGCUUCGUGGUGAGCAGCAUGAUGGUGCCGCCGCAGCGGUGGCCUCCGGGCGGCGUCGACCUCCUGCGCCACAAGGACGUCUCGUUCAGCGAGUGCAGCAGCAGCACAUUCUCUUCCAGCACUUUGGAACGGGACCUGGAGAUCAUGGACCAGCUGGAGCGGGAACGGAGCAUGGACAUCCAGGAGAUGUUGCAGCGGGAUCGGGAGAGGGAGCGGGAACGGGAACGGGAGAAGGGGGGUCGUGGGCGGCAGCUGCCGGACAUCGAGAAGCUAUAUGCCCAGCGGUCGCCCAAGGGGGGCGGCAAAGGGGGCGUGGCCAGGGACGGCAGCGGUGAGGGCGGCCUGGCCCUGGUCCUGCCCGGCAGCGAUCCCCUCAGCAGCCUCUCUCAGACCCAGUCCCAGUUCCUGGCCACGGAGUACAGCCUCUGCUCCACUCUGGAGACUAGCGGAGGGUCAGUGGCGCCGCCGUCGGACGAGAUCCUUCCGAAGGCGUCCCAGAUCCGGCAGAACAUCGAGGAGGUGGACGACGAGGAGGUCGUACCGCCGGACUUCUACGACAGCUAUAACAGGAACCCCAAUGUCAAAAUGUAUUAAAUGUAAAGUACACCUAUGCUGUAACAACAAUAAAAACUGUUGUAUGUCUCACCAUACUUAAAAAUUGAAAAUAAACAAAAAUA